AUGCCCUCCUUCACCACCCGUCGCUACACCCCCGACCGAUUGCGGUCCCUCUCCGCCCCCGAAGACGACCCCAUGGACGACAUCACCACCACCACCACCUCCGUCCUCGGCCCCCCGGGCGGUUCCAAACGGGCCACCCCCAGCCUGGUCCCCUCCGACGGCUCGCUCCUCGACUACUUCGACCUGCCCUCACCCCCAAGCACACCACACCGCGCAGCCCCCAGCAGCCUGAGCUACUCCUCCCUCAACAGCUUUCCCAGCCCGGCUACUAGCCCGGGAUACACCGGUGCCGCUGCCAAGGGCGCCGGCUCCAGCUCCGGGUCUGGCAGCAGCAGUCCAGCCUCUGGCUCCGGCUCCCCCAGCCCGCUAACCUCCGUCCUGCCCCGCUGGCCAACUGUCUCCCAGCGCAUCCACCGCGUCCUCCCCACCCGCCCGCGCUCCCGCAGCGUCUCCUCUUCCUCUUCCGCCUCCUCCUCCUCAUCCACGACCACUACCCUCCGCACCAGGCCAGGCGCCAGGGACAUGGACAUGGACAUGGACACCCACAUGUCCGGCACCGACCCCCUCCUCAAUCCCAACCCCGGAUUAGGUCUAUCCGACCUCACAAUGGGCGAAGCAGCAGCAGCAGCAGCGGGGGGAGGACCGACACCGAUCUACCGCACAGCGCGGCGCACACCGUAUUACCCGCCGAAUGCGUCGCGGAAUGUGGAUCGGACACGGGUGUUUAUGCAGAGGGGCCCGCAUUAUGUGCCGAAUUGGACGCCGUUGUCGAGUUUGCCGAGACAUGUGCAGUUGCGGAUUGAGGAGAGUAUGACGCGGUUUACGGCGGAUUAA